AACGACCAAGCUAGUAUAACGCUUGAUUCACUUCUAAAAGAGAAAGAAUAUUAUACUAAAAUGGGUGGAACCAACUCUAAAUCUCCAGCUAAAUCCGAGGAGUCUCCCAAGAAGCGUGGUUCUACGAGUAGUUCAACUACUCCCACCGCAUCUCCAGCUAAACCUACAGCUUCAGGAGAAUGUGUGACAACCCCCUCCAAAGCCGAAAGUGUGACAACUAUGCCCAAGCCUGAGGAUAUGGAAACUCCACCUAAAGCUCCUCAGAUCGAAGUUUCUGAGGAGGAGAUUGCCUCGAUCGAAGCAGCUACUAAAGACAAAGAGACAAAGGAUGGAGGUCUAAGGUAUGAGGUAUUACUAUCCCCUGCAGUAAAGGCUGCACCUAAGAAUAAGAUAACUCCACCAAGUUCUCCUAUCACUGAAGAAGACAUCACCAAGAAACUUCAGUCCGCUGAUGACCGAAGAAAAAACUUUGAAUCUCUAAGAGUUCAGAAUCUGGUCGCUCAGCUAGCCAAGAUCGAGAUCGUGCAGAAUAAACGGGAAGAGUUAGUUGCGGAGAAAUCCAGCAAAGCUCUUGAGGUGUUGAGCUCUAAACUGAGUGUAGCUGAAGAGAAAAGAUCUAGCCAGCUUCAGGAGGUUAAAGACAAGCUUGGGGAGCACAUGGAGAAAAUAGAGAAGGCUCAAAAGGAGUUGGAACACCAGCUGGAGCAAGCUCGUGUUGCUGCUGAGGCAAGCUUGAAUGAGAAGAUGGAGAACCACAAGAAGAAGAGGGAUGAAGAGAUGGAGGAGAUGCUUAAGAAGAUCCAGGAACACCAGGAACAUGUUGGCAAGGUCCGAUCCAACCAAGAGGAUAGAUUAAAACCCUACGUUGCAGAACUAGAGAACAGUAUCAGGGAGAAACUGGAGAAGGCUAGACAGGCCAAGGAGAAACAGGAGGAACAGCUCAUGGAUAAACUAGCUGAACAGAACAGGAAAGCUGAGCUGGUUCGGCAGAAGAGAGAAGAACUACAGGCUGAAGCUCUGGCAAACCAAACCAACGAGUCUGCAUAGAGGCACAAACCUAACAACUCUAUUCCAUUCCUAAUUUUUUACGAGACCGGUUACCAUUGUCCAGAGGCUAGUUCAGUCAUUUUGUGCAACUAGUCCCAAUUUAAAAUGAAGAAGAAAAUUGUAUGAAAUAAAUCCACAGCCUACAAUGAAGUCCUAAUAUAUAGAAAGAUAUUCUCAUUAUUUCUUCUCUUAAUACAAGAAGAGGUCUGAGAAGCCAUACUUAUUUUUUUAAAAUAACCUCGACAUUUUAUCUGAUUAUUCAGUCUGUUCAUGUGAUUUUCUUAUCAACUGUAAUUUUAUUUUUGCUAAUCAAAAUUGAAUCUUAACAUGAAAUAUAUAUUGUUUAUCCUAUCUGAA